AGAGAGAGAGAGAGAGAGAGAGAGAUGGCAGUUUCCUUUUGGGCAGCAAAGACGGCUCCACAUGCGAGCAUGAUCUUUGUUCAGCUUAGUACAGCAAUUUAUGUAGUGCUGAGCAAGGUCAUACUCAUACAAGGAAUAAGCUCCACAGUCUUUCUAGCCUACCAAUUCUUGUUAGCCUCGAUGGUCAUGGGAGCAUUGGCACUCUUCACUGAAAGAAGGAACAGGCCUCCUCUCACAAUAUCUAUCUUAUGCUGGAUUUUUCUACUAGCUUUACUUGGAAUGGCACUUUCACAAAACCUAUUAUCCGCUUGCUUGUACUACAUCUCAAGUACAUUUGAGGCGACAGUUCUCAACAUGACCCCUAUCUUUACAUACGUUUUAUCUAUCGUUUCAAGGCAAGAGGAACUUAAAUUUAAUACCUGCUGGGGUAAAGGGAAGCUGUUUGGGACCCUCGUAGCCGUCUCUGGUGCUUUCAUCCUCGUAUUAUGGAAAGAUUCAUCUGUUGGUUUGCUCACCACAAGAAGCUUGGGAGAUUUUUUGCUUGGCUUGGCUAUGGUUGUUGUUGGGGUUGUUGCACUCAGUAUAUGGAUUCUGUUGCUGAGGCCCAUGACAAGGUGGUACCCAGCCGAGUCUUCCUUGACUGCUAUCAUGCUAUUCUUUGGAACAUUACAAACAAUUGUAUUGGCCACGAUUACAAGUCGUGAAGCAUCGCAAUGGCAACUUCAAUGGGAUUUAGAGCUCCUAAACAUCAUAUUUGGCGCAGUGUUUUACUGUGGGUUAUCAAACGUCUUUACCAUGUGGUGUGCUUACAAGAAGGGGCCCAUCUUUGUAUCUGCAUUCUCACCUCUGAGCUUGGUGUUCACGAACAUCCUACAAAUCCUGCUACUCGGCGAUGCCUUGCACGUGGAAAGCUUCAUUGGAAUGAUCGUGAUUGUGGUGGGGCUUUACAUUUAUCUAUGGUCCAAGGCCAGGGAAGAGAAAUACCACUCAAUGGACGGAGACGAUGCCAUCACCACCUCCCUUAUUCAAAACGAUAGCGCAUGA